AUGGCAGCCAGAAACACCCUCCGCCGCGCUCUCCUCUACAUCCCCGGCUCAUCGCAGCGCUUUAUCACCAAAUCGCGCUCUCUUACGGCUGAUUGCGUCGCCUACGACCUCGAAGACAGCGUCACCCCGCACAAGAAAGCCGAAGCGCGGUCGCUGGUGCGGAGAGCCCUGGAUGAGCCCGCACCCCCCAGUAUCCGCGAGCGCGCAGUGCGCAUUAACUCGGUCGACAGUGGACUGGCACUGGCGGAUCUGACGGAAGUUCUCAAGUCUCCAAAUCUCUCCACAAUUGUGAUCCCGAAAGUUAACUCCGCGUCGGACCUGACCUUCGUCAACGAUGUAAUAACACAUACACUAGCCCAGCAAGAAGCGCAGGGUCUGCCUGUAACGAAAUCACCCAUCUCGCUCUUGGCACUGGUUGAGUCCGCGAAAUCCCUCACCAAUCUAACGAGCAUCACAUCCGCCACACCUCUCUUGCAAGGCCUGAUCUUCGCAGCCGAAGACUUCGCGCUGGACCUAUCUCUCACGCGCACUCCCUCACUCACAGAAUUCCUCUUUGCCCGCUCCGCAAUCGCCACCGCCGCGCGCGCCGCCAACCUCCCUUCAACGAUCGAUCUCGUCUGCACGACCUAUAAGUCCAACAGUGGUGAUGGUAAGCCGCCAGCUCAGCUGGAAGAGGAAUGCCGUGGCGGUCGGGGGCUAGGGUUUAAUGGGAAACAGUGCAUUCAUCCGUCGCAGGUUGAGACUGUGCAGCGGAUAUAUGGGCCUGAUGAGGAGGAAGUUAACUGGGCGAUUAGGGUUGUGGUUGCGGAUGAGAAGGCUGCGAGGCAGGGCAGGGGUGCCUGGACGCUUGAUGGGAAGAUGAUUGAUGUGCCGGUUGCGGAGAAAGCGAAAGCGAUUGUUAGAAAGGCGGAGGAUUGCGGGGUUGAUGUCGGUGCCUUGAGGGCCAAGUGGAGCGGACAGGAACCUGAAUAA